AUGCAGCGAUGUGUGGACAUAAGAACAAAAGUCGGCUAUGCUAUCGAUGUCGCUUCUGGUCUCGACUACCUACAUUCUAAAAACUGCAUGCAUAGGCAAGCUCCCGAGGUUAUCUUGACCAGAGUCUACACAGCAAAAUGUGAUGUAUAUUCUUAUGGCAUACUUAUUUGGGAAAUAUUCCAUAACGCUGAGACACCAUUCAAGGGAAUUGACAACAAAAAGUUGAGAGCUAAGAUAAGUAAUCCGAAUUAUCGUCCCCGAUUAGAUCCUGAACUACCCAUUGUUGCUAAGAAAGUAAUAAGAACGUGUUGGCAAGCAGAUCCGGAGAAAAGGACCCAAGAUGACAGAAGUGCUGCUUUACCUCCUCAAGGCUCCUCCAGAAUUGUGAGUCAUACUUGCGACAUCUGA